AUGGAAAGAAUUGAAAACCGCUUACAGGAUUUAGAAGAAUCCAACAAGGAACUAAAGAAUGAAAACUCCAAACUUAAAAGAGAAAUUAAAGAAAUUAACGGACUCCUGAAAGAAAUUCAACGGGAAAAUAUUGCUUUAAAGUUGAAUUUAAAUGAUCUAAAAAGAACAAUUGAAACUGAUGUUUUGAACGAUGAAAACCAGCCAAGUUUUCCUGAAGAGGCUCGAAGCACAAAAAAAGGUAGAAUAAAUGAAACCAAUCGGAAUGGGACGAUGAAAAACAAUGGAAAUAACGUAAAUGAUACACUCUUUGUCGAUACAAUCAAAAAGGUUGUACCCAGAAUCGUUCAUCCAACAUCAGUCUCAACUGCAGAGACUGUAGCAUUCUAUGCCUACAUGAAUUCCUUUUCCCAGGGUAAUAUUCCCGCCCACACGACUCUAACGUUCGACUCGGUGAUAAUAAACGAAGGAAAUGGAUAUAAUAAACACGAUGGAGUUUUCAUUGUGCCUGUGAAUGGAAUCUAUGCAUUUCAUUGGUCACUGAAAGUAGAUAGCCAUUCAUGGGCAAGUAUCGAAAUCAUUGUAAAUGGGAAUGCUAUUGGAUGCGCAUCUUCUGACACACUACGACUCGGUGGAUGGGGAACGGGGAGUGAGUUGGUCGUCACUCGGGCAAAUGCAGGUGACCAUGUAUUCCUACGCACACAUGAGCCUGUGACAGGAUCUAUUAUUAGUAAUAACCGUGCACGGUCUUCAUUUUCUGGAUGGCUUAUACAUUCAUAA